CUGCUCUGCACUUCCGUCCCAAGCCUGGCAGCGCGGCCUGUGGCUGCUGGCGGGGACCCCAGGGCCCCUGGAAGAGGGCCUAGCCAGCCAGGGCCUCACGGUUCCUCCGUCCCUCCCCCCCAGGCCCUGCCCUACGUGGCUCUCUUGAUUGUGAUGCUCUUCUUCAUCUACGCCGUGAUUGGCAUGCAGGUGUUUGGGAAAAUCGCCCUGAACGACACCACAGAAAUCAACCGGAACAACAACUUCCAGACCUUUCCUCAGGCGGUGCUGCUGCUCUUCAGGUGUGCCACGGGCGAGGCGUGGCAGGACAUCAUGCUGGCCUGCAUACCGGGCAAGAAGUGCGCCCCGGAGUCGGAGCCGGGCAACAGCACGGAAGGGGAGCUGCCCUGCGGCAGCAGCUUCGCCGUCUUCUACUUCAUCAGCUUCUAUAUGCUCUGUGCCUUCCUGAUCAUCAACCUCUUUGUGGCCGUCAUCAUGGACAACUUCGACUACCUGACCCGGGACUGGUCCAUCCUCGGCCCACACCACCUGGACGAGUUCAAGAGGAUCUGGGCGGAGUACGACCCUGAGGCCAAGGGCCGGAUCAAGCACCUGGACGUGGUGGCCCUCCUCCGGAGGAUCCAGCCUCCGCUGGGCUUCGGGAAGCUGUGCCCUCACCGCGUGGCCUCGCUGGUCUCCAUGAACAUGCCCUUGAACAGCGACGGCACCGUCAUGUUCAACGCCACCCUGUUUGCCCUGGUCCGAACGGCCCUGAGGAUCAAGACCGAAGGAAACCUAGAACAAGCUAAUGAGGAGCUGCGGGCCAUCAUCAAAAAGAUCUGGAAGCGGACCAGCAUGAAGCUGCUGGACCAGGUGGUGCCCCCUGCCGGCGAUGACGAGGUGACCGUUGGCAAGUUCUACGCCACCUUCCUGAUCCAGGAGUACUUCCGGAAGUUCAAGAAGCGCAAGGAGCAGGGCCUGGUGGGCAAGCCCUCGCAGCGGAACGCGCUGUCGCUGCAGGCUGGCUUGAGGACCCUCCACGACAUCGGGCCUGAGAUCCGACGGGCCAUCUCCGGAGACCUGACGGCCGAGGAGGAGCUGGACAAGGCCGUGAAGGAGGCUGUGUCCGCCGCGUCCGAGGAUGACAUCUUCAGGAGGGCCGGCGGCCUGUUUGGCAAUCACGUCACCGCCUACUACCCAAGCGACAGCCGCAGCCCCUUCCCGCAGACCUUCACCGCACAGCGCCCGCUGCACAUCAGCAAGACCGCUGGCGCCCCGGGGGACACCGAGUCCCCGUCCCACGAGAAGCUGGUGGACUCCACGUUCACCCCCAGCAGCUACUCCUCUGCAGGCUCCAACGCCAACAUCAACAACGCCAACAACACGGCGCUGGGCCUCCUCCCGCGCCCCGGCGGCCACCCCGGCGCCCUGAGCACGGUGGAGAGCCACGGCGGCGGCGACCCCCUGGCUCCCGCCGGCCCCGGGCAGGACGCGGCCUGGACGCUGCUCCGCUCCAGGAGGUGAGCGGAGGUGUGGCCCGGGAAAGGGGGCAGGGAGGCUGGUGGCCCGGCUGUCCCGCGCCCCGACCCCGUCCAGUUUCACAGAGGGGGAAACUGAGGCGCAGCCGGGCUGAGGACAUGCAGGUCACAGCGUGGGUCCCGCCCCUCAGAGCCCAGUGUGUCUGUGGUUCCGCGGAGGGCUGGAUGGCCAGGCGGGCAGCCCGCAGCUCCUGAUCGGUUUCUCCAUCUUGGAUGUGGCAGGAGUCGUUCUGGAGACAGCCAGCUGGCCAUGGCCUGCCAGGAGGAGGCCGCCCAGGACACGGCCUACGACCGUCUGCGGACGCGCAACGUGGAGUACGGCAGCGAGCCCAGCCUGCUGGCCACAGAGAUCCUGCCCUCCCAGGAUGACGAAAAUCGACAACUCACACCCCCAGAGGAGGAGAAGAGGGACUUCCGGCAAUCCCCGAAGAGAGGCUUCCUCCGCUCUGCCUCCCUGGGUCGAAGGGCAUCCUUCCACCUAGAGUGUCUGAGGCGGCAGAAGAAUCAAGCAGGAGACGUGGCUCAGAAGACGGUCCUGCCGCUGCACCUGGUCCACCACCAGGCGUUGGCCGUGGCCGGCCUGAGCCCCCUGCUGCAGAGAAGCCAUUCCCCGGGGGCGCCGCGGCCGUGCGCCACGCCCCCCGCCACGCCGGGCGGCCCACGCGGCUGGCCCCCCCGGCCCAUCCCCACCGUGCGGCUGGAGGGCCCCGAGUCCGGCGAGAAACUCAACAGCAGCUUCCCGUCCAUCCGCUGCGGCUCCUGGGCCGAGGUGACUGCGGAGGGCGCGGCGGGCGGCGCAGCCGUCCGGAGGUCGCGGCCCGUGUCCCUCACGGUGCCCAGCCCGGCCGGGGCGCCCGGCAGACAGCUCCACGGCAGCGCCAGCAGCCUGGUGGAGGCGGUCUUGAUCUCCGAAGGACUGGGCCACUUCGCCCAAGACCCCAAGUUCCUGGAGGUGGCCACGCAGGAGCUGGCGGACGCCUGCGAGCUGACGGCGGAGGAGAUGGACUGGGCGGCGGACAGCCUGCUCAGCGGGCGCGCGCAGCCCAGCGCCAACGGCCGGCUCCUGGCCUUCGUGAACUGCAGGGACCCGGGGCCGGCCCGGGGGGGCGGCCAGGGGGACCCCCGGGACGCGGGCCCGGCGGGCCCAGACGAGGAAGCCGCCGCCCCCGCCGGCAGCAGGGCGCAGCUCAGCAGCCUGUAG